AUGGGCGUGAGCGUGGCGGUGAGUGCUUGGACCUUGGUCUCCAUCUCCAUCGAGAGAUACAACGCCAUCUGUCACCCGUUGAAGUCCCGUCGCUGGCAGACCUUGUCUCAUUCGUACAAGGUGAUCGUCGUGAUCUGGGUCGUCUGCCUCACCACCAUGACCCCCAUCGCUGUCCUCUCGCAACUCAUCCCCCUUCAUCAAGACGUCCUCGCUGAGAAAGUUGUCUUUGUAAGUCGACUUGCAGAAGAAAAUGCAGAGAAACCUUUCUGGUCUGGACGAAAACCCGACCAAACUCGAAUCAGAAGGAGUUUAAAAGACGAAACGUGA